CUGUGUGUGCUUGCUUGCGUCUCUAUUGUUGUGUUUGCAUUAUUUUCAAUUUAAAAAUCACAAGCGUCAGACGUGUGUUUACACGUUGUAUAUAUUCAAAAAAUACCAAAAGCCAGUGAAGUAGAAUGGGCAAUGCAAGUGGCAAAAAGGAAUCGGACAAUGUGUAUACAUCGGAAGAGUUGCGCUUUCUAGAGACAGCAUAUCGCAAUGCCUCCGGCGGUGCAUUGGAGAAAUUAACCUCGGAUCGUUUGGUGGAAUCAUGGUCGCAAACCAUCGAACGCUCGUUGGCGGAAAGCACGGCUCAGUUUCUGUUUAUACCGCAGAAGCCGGGCCAGCAAUGCAUCAAUAUACCCUUAAAGAAGUUCGGUGAACCCUACUAUAUCAUGGAGCGUGGCAGCAUUGAAACGAAAAUGCAAUUUCUGCUCUCCUCGCUGAAUCGCAAUGCCAGCGACAAUUUCAAUAUCAAGCAGCUGGAGCAGUAUAUACACUCGGUUAUUAAGAGUUAUGUGCAUCUGGAGACCACAUCGAAGGGUUCGAGCAUUAAGGAGUGGCAAGAUCUGGGCUUUAUAACCACGGAACGUUCGGCCUGCACCUUUGCCAAGGGUUUGAUGCGUAAUUUGAGCAAAGAUUUGGAGCACACCAUGCCCAAUGAGACACUCGAGCGUUGGCUGCAUGUCACCCCACAAUUUCUGCAGCUGUGGCGCGAGGUAUUCGUUCAGCUUUAUACACGUCACGGUGGCAGCAGCAGCAAGCGUUCGCUGGUUAAGGAAAUUGAGAUUUGCAUUCUGCCACAGCUGUGCGAUGCACCGCAGAACAGUCACUAUAGGCCCAUCAUUGAGCUGCCACAUGUGCUCUAUAUCAAUGCACAGCUGCCGCGUGAAAUGCGUCACAAAUGGCGUUUCUUAUUCUCAUCAAAAAUCCAUGGCGAAAGCUUCUCUACAAUGCUGGGCAAAAUGUUGGACAAGGGUCCCACGCUCUUCUUCAUCGAGGACGAGGAUCAAUACAUAUUUGGUGGCUAUGCUCCUGAAUCGUGGGCAUUGCGUCCACAAUUUGCUGGCAAUGAUAGCUCAUUGCUAUACACACUGAGUCCAGCCAUGCGCUGCUUUAGUUCCACGGGUUACAACGAUCAUUACCAGUAUCUGAAUUUGAAUCAACAGACCAUGCCCAAUGGCCUGGGCAUGGGCGGCCAAUUUGAGUAUUGGGGUCUGUGGUUGGACUGCAUGUUCGGCGAGGGACAGAGCGUGGAAAGCUGUACCACAUAUGGCGACUAUGUGCAGUUAAGCAAACGCAAACAAUUCAAAAUACGCAACAUGGAGGUCUGGGCUGUGGGCGAUUUGCCAGUCAAGGACGAUGAGGAAGGCGGUGGUGAGGGUCAGAAACGCUCUGUGCUGGAUGGCAAUUUGGAGGAUCGUGCCAUGCUCGAGAUAGCUGGCAAGCAAAUGCACUCGGAUGGACUUCGUGAGCCUGGAAUGGAUGAUUGAUGGCGGAUGCUAAAGUUGUGGAUGGGCUUGGCUUUAUCAUGUUCAAGAAUUUAUAGUACUAUGUCUCUAUUGGGUGUGAUGUUAAAUGAAACCUUUACAACAUAUAUCUACUUUAGCCUUAGAAUCCUAUUUCUUCUUGUUCGUUGUCGAAGCAACUAUGAUGAUGAUUAUUAUGUUAUUCUAAUAUUAUUACACACACACAAAGGUCCUGUGAGGAAACACAUCAGUGUUUCUCUAUGCCAUUCCUACAAAUUUUUGGGUAGCUAUUAAAGUUUUUACAUAUACAAACGAAAAAGAAAAAUACAUAUUAUAACAUAUGUAUAUACAUAUAUAUAUAUAUAUAUGGAUGCGUAUCGUAUAUAUGUAUAUAGAUCCAUAAGUAUUAUGCAUAGUGUCUAUGUAAUACUGAGAGUAUUGUUGUUGCGUUUUAGGACUACAUACAAAAAGUGAAUGAAACAAACCGAACAUCUUUUCCA